AUGUCGUACAUACCCCAACAUCAAAGAGUCAACUACCUAAACCCUUCAGAACAAAAAGGAAGAUAUACACCUUCUUUUCCUUCUGAUCGACAGACGGGAGAACCAGGUUACGCAGAACCGGAUCUAGAUCCAACCCUUCCUCUUACAUCUAUCUCAAAUACUUUUGGUGUUGAUAUGAACGAAUUACAGUCGGGUGAAGUGGAGUCUGGACCAAGUAGGAAAAGAUCUAGAGUGGAAGCUUUCAAACCUCGAGAAAGGAGAUCAGAUAGAAAUGAACAUGAAUAUUCACAACCCGGAGUUGGACGAGAAUACGAUCAAGGAGAUGGUUAUAGAGAAAGAAGUGUAAACGUUGAUAUAUAUGGAAGAGAUGGUGGGGAUGGAUACGUAGGAUAUGGACAAGAUCAUAUGGAACAUGGAAAUGGAAAUGGGAAUGGGAAUGGAAGAAUACAAGGAGAUGAAAGGCAAAAUCAUGGUCUGAUCAUACCUUCGAUAUUUGGGAUUUCACCAAGAAACGAAUUCACAAAGAUGAUAGGAGAAUUUAUACUUUCCAAUUCUAAAGGUAGAGAGAAUGUAGAGGUCGAAAUUAAAUUAGGUCUAUUGAUGGGUCCUACAAAGUCAGGAGAAGUAGCAAGAAGAGUUCGUAUGCCCACAAUGACAGAAAUGAUAAUGCCACCAAACUACCCCAUCGGACCUUUCUCAUCCAACAUGACCAAAACGCAAAACCAAUCCCUCAAUCGUCUACUCAACUCAGCUACUGAAUCUUCACUCUCCACCCCCUUCCCCAUCCGUUUCUUCAGGGCCCAACACGUGGACAGCUUUCACGAAAUGUCAGGUCCAGGUCGAGGUAAAGUCAGGGUUAGUAGGGAUAAGAAUGGUAAUGUUGUAGAAGGUGGAUGUAUCGUAAAAAAUAGGAUAGGAGAUUUGAACGUUUAUUCUCCUCAAGAGGUAUUUGAUUGGAGAGUUAGUGUUAGUACUGAAGAGCCUGUUCCUUUACCUUCUGGUCCUGCUUUCAUGGUGAGAGAAAAAGAUCGAGCUUGUUAUAGACAUCAACUAGUUCAAGUAGACUUAACAGUUGUUACCAUGCGAGAUGAUAAAGGUAAACCAACAUUAUCAUACGAAAUUGAGAUUGAAUUACUUGACGUCCCUACUCUUUUAGCAGAAGGAGAAAAAGAACUUUCAGGUCAACCGAAUAAGUUUGAUGAGAUUUUACAAAGUUUCUUAGAUACAGUUAGGAUGUUAAUUAGGAACGUAGAAUGA